CUAAGUUUUGAAAACAACACAGUAUUGGAAAAAUAAAACAUAAAUUACAUGUCGAAACUGUGUUUAGUUACUAAUUAUUAUAUAUCUUAAAAUAGUGUGCAAUUCAUCAUCUCAUUUUGCACGAAUUAAACAACUGUUUUCAAAAGACGAAAAACAUAUCACUAUGAAAUUCCGUGCUGUUAUGAAUAACUCUUCUCCAAUACGCGAAUUCUCAAAAUUUUGUUUUCAGCUAUUGUUAGUACAAUAUCAAAACUGUCUAAGGAGUGUGUCCUAAGGAUAGCAGACGAUAUGUUGUAUUUCAUUGUCAGCGAUGAAAACACUGGACCAGCCCCUCCGGUACUAUGGUGUGAAAUACCACAAAGUGUAUUUUUCUCUGAAUAUCAAUUGGUUGGAAUGGAUGAAACUCACCAAGACAUUUAUUUAGGAUUGAAUUCGGGUAAUCUCGCAAGAUCUUUUGUCUCCUUGAAAAAUGUAAAAUCAUUAAAAAUGAAGUUAACAAAGAAACAGUGUCCGUGCCUAACAUUGGAAAUUGAAGUGCCGUCUACAACCUCUCAUCAGACGAGGCAGAUUGUGCAUGACAUUCCAGUAGCAGUUGUGCCAUGGAAAAACUGGCCAGACUUUUAUGAACCCAGAGUACCAGAUCCUGAUAUAUCAAUAGAAUUACCAAGUUUGAAACAGCUACGUACAACAAUAGAUCGUAUGAGAACGAUGGCAUCUGAGGUGAUGGUGCGAGCUUCUGCUGGUGGUCAAUUAAUCUUACAGAUCAGAGCAGACAUGGCUAAAGUGUCUACAAGGUUUAAAGAUUUGAAUGUUGCUCAUUUUGAUGGCCCAGUAGACAAUUCGGACCCUGAAACGGACAGCCAAGGAAAUGAAGAUAGCUCAGAAAUAGUACAGUGUCGUGUUGACGCAAAGAAACUAGCACUUUUCUUGAACGUUGAUCACAUAUCAACGAAUACAACAUUAUGUAGUAUUGUGCACAAGAGACUUGUGACAUUGUGCUUACAGACAGAUGAUAAUGUUAAAUUGCAAUGUUUCAUAAGUGGAAUUGUGUAUUGAGCAAGAAAGGUGUCAAGAAAUUCAUUAGUACACAGUGAUUUAUUAAGUUAGGACCACACUGGUGGUAGGUAUCUUGUGAGUCAGUCCACACAGGGAGGUACCACCACCCUGCCUAUUUCUGCUGUGAAGCAGUAAUGUGUUUCGGUUUGAAGGGCGGGGAAGCCAUUG